GCAGUCGAAAUCGGUACUUCUUCGGAGACGUUUCUUUCUUACAAUCGUAGUAGUUUCAUACUAAGUUUCAACUAAAAUGAAAGUUAUAAUUUUUAUGCUCGCACUUGUGCUGGCUGUAAGUGCUAGGCCACAAGAGUAUGAAGAUUAUGAACAACAAACAGCACGGCCUGCUGCAAGGAACCUACCACAUCAAGGAUAUCACCAACAACAAAAAUCGGGAGAUCGUGAAACGUCAACAUGGAUUCCAAUUAUUCAAUAUGACAAACAACAAGGAACUGAUGGAAGUUAUCAGACACAUUACGAAACUGGAAACAAUAUCUUAGCAGAGGAAAGUGGAUACCUUAAAGACAUCAAUGAAGAUAAUCCUGCCGGAACUCUUGUACAGAAGGGAUCGUACAGUUAUGAAACUCCUGAAGGACAGAUCAUCAACGUUGAAUAUCAAGCUGAUGAAAAGGGUUUCCGUGUUCAUGGAGAUCAUCUCCCCACACCACCACCAGUCAGUCCAGAAAUUCAAAAGGGACUUGAUUUGAUCUAUGAAGGUAUUAAACUUCAAGAAGAACGUCGCAGAAACAAUCCAAACUAUGCUGCUGACAAAGCUGAACGUGAUCGUUUGAACUACUUGGGACUCUAUAUGAUAAACUCGUUCAGAUAUUUACGAUGCAUACCAAAUAUUCGUUCUUCAUUCUAUCUUUCUUUCAAUCAAAGCAAAAAUUUUGCAACGGAACACCAAGAUGGGCCUUUAAAAGUUUUGAAGAAAAAAAUAGCCAACAAUGAACUGAUGCCAGAUGAACAUCAAAUGAAAGUGGUUGAAGACUUGCAAUAUCUCUACGAGGAAACGAAAGAUUAUGAACCUUUAAGUUCCGGAAUCGUAAGUUGGUUUGCCUUGAACAAGAAGAAUAUAACAUCAGAUAUUAAAGGAUUAUACAUCUACGGAUCGGUUGGUGGUGGAAAAACAAUGUUAAUGGACAUGUUUUUCGAUUGUUGCAAGAUCGAAAAGAAAAAGCGCGUACACUUUAACUCAUUCAUGACUGAUGUUCAUAAAGAAAUUCAUAAAAUAAAACAGCUUCAAGUGCGCGAUACUACAUCGACAAAACCUCAGCCAUUUGAUCCAAUAGAGCCAGUUGCUGAAUUAAUUAAAGAAGACGCUUAUUUGAUUUGUUUUGAUGAAUUUCAAGUGACUGAUAUUGCAGAUGCUAUGAUUCUAAAGAGACUUUUCACCAGUCUUUUCGACAAAGGCGUGAUUGUAGUUGCUACAAGUAACAGAAAGCCUGAUGAUCUUUAUAAAAGUGGAUUGCAAAGAAGUAAUUUCCUUCCAUUUAUUCCAAUUCUGAAAAAUCAUUGUGAUGUUCGUGCUCUUGAGUCUGGUAUUGAUUAUCGUUCGACAAAUAAAGGCGAGGGUGAACAUUACUUUUUGACUUCAGAUCCGGAUUCGGAAUCAAAAGUGAAAGCAAUCUUCAAAGUUCUUUGUAGUCAAGAGAACGAUAUUGUCAGGCCUAAAACUUUCACACAUUUUGGAAGAAAUAUUACAUUCGAAAAAACUUGUGGACAAGUUCUUUUCACGACAUUUAAUGAAUUAUGCGAUCGUGCUUUGGGUGCUAGUGAUUACUUGCAAUUAGCUCAGUAUUUUCACACAAUCAUCAUUCGAGAUGUUCCACAAUUGAACCUUAAACUUAAAUCACAAACUAGACGCUUCAUUACUUUAAUUGAUUCACUUUAUGAUCGUAGAAUAAGAAUUGUUAUUGUGUCGGAAGUGCCACUUAAUUAUUUGUUUUCGAAUGUUGUUCCUGAUGGAAUGGAAUUGAGCGAUGAACAUAGGUCGUUAAUGGACGACUUAAAAUUAUCAAAAGAUUCGGCUGAUUUAUCUGCAAAUAUUUUCACUGGUGAAGAAGAAUUGUUUGCAUUCGAACGCUUUCUUCAUUUUGCCCCGCACGUUUGUUUUUCUUCAAUUCGUAAAAUGAACAAAUACCUUGUAAAUCAGCCUGUUCCCUUUGACGAAACAUGGUUCAAAGAUGUAAACAUAAAUUUGCGUGGCCUUGAAGCAAAAAUCAAAACAUUGUCGCAAUAUAAAGUUUCAGAUACCGAAAAUCGUAUUGCUUGGGCUUUAAAAGCAAUGACAUUAACCGACUUAACAACACUUGCUGGAGAUGAUUGUAAAUCUAACGUCGAACGUUUAUGUAUUCGUGCUUGUUACCCUUUAGGAAUGCAUUCGAUGAAUAUCAAUGAACGUGAUGAAUUCCUGAAACAAUUGCACGUCGCUGCCGUUUGUGUUUAUCCAACUAAAGUGAAAGAUGCUUUCGACACACUCUCGUCACUUCAUAAGAUUGGUGACAUUCAUAUUGCUGCUGUUGCGACUGGAUUUCCGACUGGGUUGUAUCCACUGGAAACAAGAUUGAAGGAAAUAACUUUUGCUAUUGAAAAUGGAGCAACUGAAAUUGAUAUUGUAAUAGAUCGAAGUCUUGUUCUCACUAAUCAAUGGCGGAAAUUGUACGAUGAAGUUGUAGAAAUGAGAAAAGCUUGCGGAACUGCCGCUCAUAUGAAGACAAUUCUAGGAAUUGGUGAAUGUGGAACAAUGACGAAUGUUUAUAUUGCUUCAAUGAUUUGUAUGAUGGCAGGAGCUGAUUUUAUUAAAACAUCAACAGGAAAAGAAACGGUCAAUGCAAAUCUUCCCGUUGGAUUGUGCAUGAUUCGCGCGAUUCAAGAGUUCAAAAGACGAACUGGCGAAAAUAUUGGACUUAAGCCAGCUGGCGGUGUAAGAACAGUAAAUGACGCCAUCGACUGGUUGAUUUUAAUUAAAAUGACUUUGGGCGAUGAAUAUUUAUGUCCUCAUCUCUUCCGAUUCGGUGCUUCCGGUUUGCUUGAUGACAUCGAAAAGUUUCUUGUGAAGGAGCUCGUUAACAAAAAGGUGAUCGAAUAAAUAGGAACAGAUAAAUUUGUUUUAUUCUGACUCUCUUAUAUCGAAUAUCACAAAGAAAAGUUCAAAUAAUGUUAAAGAAAAUAAAAAUGAUUUGUUAAAGAAUUUUAAAGCCUCCAUCAGCCAUCGAUGAAUAUUUAACAACACGAAAUUUCUUUUUGUCGUCAUAAUAUCCAUAAAAUCCAAAAACAUUCCCUUGUUCAUCCUUCUCUUCGUGUCUUAACUGUCGAUUAUCGCUAAAAUGUCAUUAAAGUGUUAGUUUUUAUAAUUCAACUUAUUAGAUUAAAGCUUCGGUUG